AUGAAGACCACUUACUAUGCAGGUGUUACAGUGAAAUUUGCACCAGUGUUUUUUUCUGUGGAGAUAAAGAGAGUGCCCUGCGAUGAGAAGCCAACUCCUGAUCUGACCUUGUUAGGCCAAUAUGAACCGGUUCUUAUUGAGAACACUGUGCACCAGACAGGAUACACCACGCUAAAAGGCACAAGGAGUAAAGUUACUACACCAGACAGGACACACCCGCUACAAGGCACAAGGAGCAAACUUACUACACCAGACAGAACACACCACGCUACAAGGCACAAGGAGCAAACUUACUACACCAGACAGAACACAUCACGCUACAAGGCACAAGGAGCAAACUUACUACGCCAGACAGGACACAUCACGCUUCAAGGCACAAGGAGCAAACUUACUACACCAGACAGAACAAUACACUCUACAAGGCACAAAGAGCAAACUUACCACACCAGACAGAACACACCACGCUACAAGACAGAAGGAGCAAACUUACCACACCAGACAAAACACACCACGCUACAGGGCACAAGGAGCAAACUUACUACACCAGACAGAACACACCACGCUACAGGCCCAAGGAGCAAACUUACCACAGCAGACAGAACACACCACGCUACAAGGCACAAGGAGCAAAGUUACUACACCAGACAGGACACACCCGCUACAAGGCACAAGGAGCAAACUUACUACACCAGACAGAACACACCACGCUACAAGGCACAAGGAGCAAACUUACCACACCAGACAGAACACACCACGCAACAAGGCACAUGGGGCAUACUUACUACACCAGACAGAACACACCACGCUACAAGGUACAUGGAGCAUACUUACUACACCAGACCGAACACACCACGCUACAAGGCACAUGGAGCAGACUUACUACACCAGACAGAACACAUCACGCUACAAGGCACAAGGAGCAAACUUACUACACCAGACAGAACAAUACACUCUAUAAGGCACAAAGAGCAAACUUACCACACCAGACAGAACACACCACGCUACAAGACAGAAGGAGCAAACUUACCACACCAGACAAAACACACCACGCUACAGGGCACAAGGAGCAAACUUACUACACCAGACAGAACACACCACGCUACAGGCACAAGGAGCAAACUUACCACAGCAGACAGAACACACCAAGCUACAAGGCACAAGGAGCAAAGUUACUACACCAGACAGGACACACCCGCUACAAGGCACAAGGAGCAAACUUACUACACCAGACAGAACACACCACGCUACAAGGGCACAAGGAGCAAACUUACCACACCAGACAGAACACACCACGCAACAAUGCACAAGGAGCAAACUUACCACACCAGACAGAACGAACCACGCUACAAGGCACAAAGAGCACACUUACUACACCAGACAGAACACUUCACGCUACAAGGCACAGGGAGCAAACUUACUUCACCAGACAGAACACAUCACGCUACAAGGCACAAGGAGCAAACUUACUACACCAGACAGAACACACCACGCUACAAGACACAAGGAGCAAACUUACUACACCCGACAGAACACUACACGCUACAAGGCACAGAGAGCAACUUACUACACCAGACAGAACACAUCACGCUACAAGGCACAAUGAGCAAACUUACUACACCAGACAGCAUACACCGCGCUACAAGGCACAACGAACAAAGAUCUUCACCAGACAGGAUACGCUACGCUACAAGGCACAUGGAGCAAACGCUUUACACCAGGCAGCUUACACCACGCUGCAAGGCACAAGAAGCAAACUUACUACACCAGACAGGCUACAUCACGCUACAAGGCACAUGGAGCGUACUUACUACAACAGACAGGAUACACCAAGCUACAAGGCACAAGGAGCAAACUUACUACACCAAACAGGACGCAUCAUGCUGCAAGGCACAAUGA